UUCAUAUGAACAAUGGUAGUGUUUUCUGUGCAAGCCAAAUUACCAUCACAUCAACAUGUACGACUACUUGGAAAUCAUGAGAACCUUGGUAGAUGGUUGCCACAUGAUAGUGUGGAGUUACAGCACAAGUUACAGCCUUCAUCAGGAGACUUAGACUGCAGGUUUAAUAUAGUGAUGAUAAUAUUAAACAUCAGGACUGAUCGAAAGGACUGUUUAAUAAUCAGCAGGGAAAAAUUCAACUUCAGGAGUCCUCUCCUCUCCACCUAGGAGCCCUCUCUGCAAGGGUUACAAAAUCUUGGUAUAUCUUUGGUGUACAAUUAACAUUGAAUGCACCAUGGGGGGAGCGGCUCCCCCCAGCCCCCAGGUUUAUAGUGUACCCUCAUCUUUCUAUUAUUUAUCUUUUGGCCUUUUGGGAAAAAACUUCUCCAGUCAGCAUCUCUCUGGGAAACAAUAAACGAAGUAAAUUUUAGCCUAUGCCACAUCUUUUCUGGUCCAUUCUAAUAUAUUGGGAGGCUGGGAGCUGAACCUCAUAAGACACCACUAAAUAAAAUUAAUUUAAUUUGUGAUUCAUUUUACUGCAUUGCUAUCUUCUUAGCCUGUGGGGAUUGUCUGUCUGGCUAAGCAGACAUGUGUAAUAACCUAAGGAAGUCUAAUAGUUUUAAUAUUGUUCCUUGUCUCUCAGCUCUCUCAGAACUUGGUCAGUUAGUGUUGAUCUUGAUGAAGACGAAGAGCAUGUCCUAUUCCGUUUUCUUUUAUGCGAAAAUUUAAUUGGUUCCGUCCAAACUGAUCAGUUUUCGAUUAUCAAAUGUGGUCCAUGUCAAGAAUCUUCUGUGUUGAAUGAGAUAAUCGGUGGUGUCUUAGAUGUCAAUGAUCCAUCAUGGUGUGAAGGUUGGUUGGUAUAUGACAGUGAGAUUCAUCUAACUAUCCAUAAUUCCAGUGGUUUUCCUAUUAAUAUCUUUGGAAACAACAGUGGAAGUGAAUCCGGAAAGUACAAAAUUAAAAUGACUGCGAUGGAUAUGGACAAGGGAUGUUUUACCGGCAGAAAAACGUCGAAUGUAAAUAUUAAGAUCGUUGGUGAAUACGAAGGUGUCGUUAAAAACCAAGAGGAAUCUGGAGUAUGCUACGAUCCCAAUAAGCAUUAUUCCUUUGUCACGCGAGUAUUUGAUUUAAACCACACGGCGUUCAAAGUUGAAGUUUAUCUUCCGGAUAAUAACAAUUCGGAAGAAUUUAAAACCGUUGGUCAAGGUUUUAUUCAACCAAUUCAUUUCAAAAGCAGUUGUGGGAUUAUUGAUGUUGGUUUAGCUGAGAAUGAACUCCCUACUGGCUCUGUGCAAGUAGAGUACGUUAUCAUCAAACCCCUGGACGACAAAUGCUUUCAUAAUAUCGAAAAUUGGACAGACAGGAACUGGCAGAAUGCAGGGAAAACAUUGAACAUGGGACAUCGGGGUUGUGGAAGCACUUUUGGAUCAGCAAGAUCUGGUUUCCAAGAAAACACAAUUGAAUCAUUUCUAAAGGCUUAUGAAAAGGGUGCUGAUGGUUUGGAACUGGAUGUUCAUGUAACCAAAGAUCUCAUACCUGUGAUAUACCAUGAUUUGUAUCUUAAUGCAGCUUUACAAACAAAGAAUGAAAGUAGAUGUUCGCAAGUGAUACCAGUAUGUGAUUUGACAUAUCAAGAACUGCAGGAUUUAAAGAUUAUACAUUCAAGAUCAGCUGAGUUUAAUGAUGAAUUGCAACACCGUAAUGGGCUACAGCAGAAGUUGUUUCCUACGCUUGAAGAGGUACUAACCAAUCUGCCUGAAAACUUCCCAUUCGAGCUUGAAGUAAAAUAUCUGGAAACCGAACAGGGUCACGAGGAUGCCCCAUUUCUUGACAUCAACCUUUAUGUUGAUACAUUAUUGAAAUCUGUCUCGAAAAAUAUUGGAAAUCGAAAAAUAAUCCUGAUGUGCUUUUCACCUGUCAUUGUUCAAUUGUUGAGUAGAAAACAAAAGAAGUUUCCUGUUAAGAUUGGUGUUUGUGGGGAAACGGUUAAAUAUCCAGUGUAUAAAGAUAUCAGGAUUAGAACGAUUGGCAGAGUUGUUGGUUUUGCCCAGUCUGAGAAGAUCUUAGGUAUAUCUUGCUUAUGUGAUAAUAUCAUUACUGAAAACAAAGGAGUUUUCGAAGAAAUAAAGAAAAGAAAUUUGGUUGUAUCAACUUGGGGCGAAGAUGAUAAUAAAAGCGAAAUACGUGAAUUACAACGGCAGAUGGGUGUAGAUGUUGUUUGUUUUGACAGAAUCGACGAAAGGGAACAUCAACACUCGCAGCCUCGCACUGAGGGCGUGAGACUUUUUGAAUAAAUUGUUUUAAUAUGGCAAUUAAUUUAUUGCAUUAAUAUAAUUUAAACGAAAUCGAAGCGCUUGGUUCAAAUCACUUCUAUAUACGCACUUGGUAUCAGAAUUGUUUUUUCUUUGCAAAGUGUGAAAAAAUAUACCCCGGAGGAACA